AUGGAUUUGGGGAGCUUGGAGACAGUGGUGGCUAACUCUGCCUAUAUCUCCGCUCGGGGCAGUUUCGAUGGGAAUGCCAAUUUGCAGAUGACCAGAGAUAAAAAAUAUCGAGCCAAACUCAAACUCCCUCACAUCACACAGAGUGAGACCCUUAACGACCAGAUUGACCUGGAUUUUGAAAGCAUCUGUGUCAAACAGCCCAUUGGGAAAAAGUUGUUCCAUCAAUACUUAGACACGGUGGCAGAGUACAAACCAGCCCACGAGCUCUGGAUGGCCAUUGAAGAUUACGAUACCGCGGAGGAUGAAGAUCGGCUUCAGAAAGCUCAAAGUGUUAUUAGUAAGUUCUUGGAGUCAGGGGCUGAGUUUUUCUGUAGUUAUUUGGAAGAGAAAAGCAUCUUGAGGAUCAAGGAAGACUAUAAGAAUGUCAGAGAGGACCUAUUCAAGGAAUGCAAAGAAGCCACCAUGAAGUUCUUAAAGGAUGGCGAUCCCUUUACGAAUUACAAAGUGACCAUGUACUUCAUGAGGUUCUUGCAGUGGAAGUGGCUGGAGGCUCAGCCUGUUGGAGAGGACUGGUUCCUGGACUUUCGGGUCUUGGGGAAAGGAGGGUUUGGGGAGGUUUCUGCAUGUCAGAUGAAGGCAACUGGGAAGUUAUACGCCUGCAAAAAGCUGAACAAGAAAAGACUGAAGAAAAGAAAAGGAUAUCAAGGUACUAUUGUGGAGAAGAGGAUCCUUGCCAGGGUACACAGUCGAUUCAUUGUCUCCCUAGCUUAUGCCUUUCAAACCAAAGCAGAGCUGUGCCUGGUGAUGACCAUCAUGAACGGAGGAGAUUUGAGAUAUCACAUUUACAACGUCGAUGAGAACAACCCGGGUUUUGGUGAGGACAGAGCCUGUUUCUAUACAGCUCAAAUUGUCUGUGGCAUGGAGCACCUUCACCAAUCUAGGAUCAUCUAUCGUGACCUGAAACCAGAGAACGUGCUCCUCGAUAACGAGGGUCAUGUGAGAAUCUCUGAUCUUGGACUCGCUGUGGAAUUGGCUGACGAUCAAACUAAGAUCAAAGGUUAUGCAGGAACUCCAGGUUUUAUGGCACCGGAGUUGCUUCAAGGUCUGGAGUAUGAUUAUUCUGUUGACUAUUUCACAUUGGGAGUCACAUUGUAUGAGAUGAUCGCAGCCAAGGGCCCAUUCCGAUAUCGGGGAGAACACGUUGAGAACAAAGAGGUGAAACGGCGGAUUUUGAGUGACCCGGUGACUUACUGUGAUAAGUUUAGUGAGCCGUGCAAGUCAUUCUGUGAGGCUUUGCUGGAGAAAGAUCCUGAAAAGCGCAUUGGAUUCAAGAACGAAUGUUGUGAUGAAAUAAAGACCCAUCCCUUCUUCAACAGUAUUCACUGGAGAAAACUUGGAGCUGGUAUGCUCACACCUCCUUUUAUCCCAGACUCUAAAACAGUGUAUGCAAAGGACAUUCAAGAUGUGGGCGCUUUCUCUACUGUGAAAGGUGUUACCAUCGAAGAUGCAGACAAAGAGUUCUUUGAAGAAUUUGCGACUGGUAACAUCCCUAUCCCGUGGCAAGAGGAGAUGAUCGAGACCGGCAUCUUUGACGAGCUCAAUCUAUGGGGGCCUAAUGGUGAAUUACCAACUGAUCUAAGGAGAGAAUCAAUUCUGGAGGUGCCUCCUUCCAAAUCAGGAAUGUGUUCCAUUUCUUAA